CUUCCCGUUUGAUACAAACAUGAAUUUCCAAAAUCUUACACUUCGGUUGGGCCGCCAUCUGUUUUCGCCAUCUUUGGUUGGGAUUCCAUCUCCGGUGAUGUAAAGGAUCCUGAACGUUUCAUUCCUACACUGGUAGAUGCAGCAGCUUCCUCGAAGUGUUCAUUUGUACUUUCCCCCGUUUCAUUCCUUCUGAUUGCUUGCGUAUUGGUACCAUGCAAAUUUGGUUCCGUUUCUUUCUCCCCUCCUUCCUUUGUCUUGGUCAGAGGUUCGGCGUCGUCUACUUCAGAAAACGUAAAAGCAGCGACCGAAUUUAUCGGAGUGGAUUCUCCCCCCGUUCGAAUUCCUUCUUUGGUGUCUACCAACCCGAGUGCCUUUGCAGCCAAUGUGUAGUAUUUGCGAAGGACAGAACUUAGCGAGGAUGCCCCCUUCAUACUUUUCAGCUUGGCUUUUGAAGUGGCUGGUAAAUUUGGACAAGAAUCUAGGUGCAAACGAUGGAAUUCUUUCACGGAUUCAUAAAUCCCGCUAAUUGAAUAUGGAUAGGCAAUAGCAUGGCCGACAGCAUCAUUUCCCUGUGAUAUCGCACAGUGAAUGCACCGAAUACCGACCUGUCCCACACUUAUGGGGUAUUUGCGGUCUGCCUUAGCAGCAGCCACGUCAGCUUCGGUUGCGCAAAAGACUUCGAGUUGCUUUCGAACAUAAGAAUCAAUAUCCGAUAGCCAUUCCUUAUCUUCAGGUAUUGCAACAAGGAUUCUAGAUGAUGGAGACAGGGGCCCCGAUUUAUUCAACGUAGACUCCGCAAGUGCCUUUGCUGCUUCUUUUGCCGAUCUUUGUAUGACAAGAAUCGUUUCAUCGCUUGUUACCGUAAUACUUCCAGAAUGGGAGAGAUCUUCGAUACUCUUCUCUGGACUCGUUUUUAUGGUGGGAACUGGUGGCUUACUUUCUGAGCCGGCAUGAGCUCGUGCUGUUGAUUCGACUACUACGUCAUCAUCCUGGGGGUCACCUUCGUGCAAACGCCUCCACAUUCUCCGGAAAAAGAUUUUUUGAGAUCCACGAGGAAGUUUUGACAUCUGGUCUGGAUGACCUUUUUUCAAUCGCAUAAGUGCAUCUUUAUUUGCUUGAGGACAUCGUCGGCAUUUCAAAACGUGGCCUGGAAUUUCAGCAAAGCUGUUGGCGAGUCGAUCUACGUUACUCCAAAAGAAUUUACGAGACAUGGGCAAGUCGGCACAGUGUAUACAUUGCAGACCACCAUAGCCAACCUUAAUUUUCUCUCUCUUUCCUCCUCUUGUCUUCCUAUCGUUCUCAGUAAACCGGACCAAACGGAGUUGUUUCAUUAGCCAAAAGAAGUAGUCUGUCAAAAGUAAGUGAUCUUCGUCCAAGACCAAUUUUGGGAUCUCAGCACUGGCCGGAUCGCGAGCGUAAUAAUCGGCGUCAUAGCUUGCUAGAAAUGACAUCGCGUCUUUCAUCGAGUCCGCCGUAUUAUCGCCACUGCCAAGUGCAUAGGAAGGCCCCAUAGCACCUGCUGCUUGCAUAGAUGGCAUGAUUGGAGCUCCUCCCCGUUCGGAAUAGCCACCUCUGUUAUCACCCUGUCCCAUUGGUAGAAAUCUACCACCACUACGACCGCCUAGGCUAUUGUCUAAAGAAUGAGGCUGAACAAGACCUGGUGGCAAAUAUCCGUAUCGGUAGUUGCUGGGGUCCUGGUGCGGUGGUAGUAGCCCCACUGGAGGGUAUUGCAUGUGACCACCCAUGCCCCCAAGAGCAGUCGUCGCUUCCCAGGAAACAGGAGGAUAUGAUAUUUGGCCCUGCAUGCCUAGUUGCAUUGACGGAGGAUUUGCAUAUGAAGGUAGAACGCCAAAUGGUGACUGUUCCGAUGGUAACAAGCCCCGUCCAGGUGGCAUGGACGAUAUGCUUUGCUGUCGGUAGGCCCGACAUAAGCUCAAGUGUUGGUCGACGAAGCUAUUUGGUGGAUGCACUCCAGAAGGUGACGACCAUAUCGAUUUCGGGUCGCGUAAGUGAUGAGGUAUAUAGCUACAGUACCUGCAAUGCCAUGUUCUAUCAUUUUCUUGGUAAAAAGGAAAAUUGGCAGGAGGUGUAUCAGAUUGAGAUCGUUGUCGUGUUCCAUGCCCACCAGUACCGACCCCCAGAGGCCUGGUUUGCAUGGUUGUAAGAUAUUGUUGCUGCUGCUGCGACGGAGGAACGAAAGAUUCGCCGUGUGGUGUGGCGGAAGAUCCAAUAAAUUCUAUCCCCAAUUUAUUGUUUCCUCUCUUCGAAAUUCCCACUUCUCGACAAAACUGGACACAGUAAUCAACUAAAAGUUUUUUACUGGAUUGGUCGUCAUUUUCGUUGUUGCCCCUUGCCGAAGCCGCUACGCCCAGUUCUCGCUGCGCGUCGGGAUUGGUCAUCUCGCAGGAUAUCAAGUGACGAUCUGAGAUACUUCUUGCGCAUUCCCCUAUGGUCUCAAGAUCGAUUGGGAAUAAGAUAGCUCCCGAUAUCGUGCUGCGAGAACUCCCGCUACUAUUGUUGCUCCCAGAACCGCAAUUUCGACAUCGAAUACCGACUUGGUUCKGUUCAAUACGAUUUGUAUCGCCACUGGUGCGUUCAUACUCGGCAAUGACUUCUGGCGUUGCUUCAAAGAGCUCGAUAUUUUGAAUCAGUGUUACAUCCGGCCUGUUGAGCCUUUCCCCUGGAUCAGUAGGGGAAUCGAAAAGCGAAAUACAACGCGGUCUUGAAGUUGUCUGAGUCGAAGCUAAGAUUCCUUCCCCUGACUUCUGGGAAUAAGCUGCUUCCAUGCCAGGAACGGCUGGUGCCUGUGAUAUCCUUCUACCAUACUCCCCGUAAUGUGCACUUCGUGCGUAUGGAUAGGUUUCUGCCCCUUGCGUGGUUGACGAUACUAAAGGCCCCAUUCCCGUAGUAAAUCCGUGACGAUGUUGUUGUUGCUGCUGUUGCUGCUGCUGCUGCUGUUGUUGUUGUUGUUGUUGCAGAUAAUAGCUGGGAUAUUGUUGUGGCAAACCCUGUUGUGGUUGAGCAUUAAGAUACCCUAUAGGACGCGUUCGAGCCGCCGCCUGAAGUGCUUGUGGGCACUGGGUUUGUUCGUGCUCGAUCGCUUCCUCAAGAGUAUCAUGCUGCAAGCCACAGUAAUCACAGGCAAAGAAGCCUCUGGACUGAGAUGGCAUUGGAAGUUCCAAUCAGUGAAUAAACAAUUAACAAUAGU